AUGGGUUUCUUCAACAAGCGCAACACGACACCUGUUGCCGCAGACACUACAACGGCAACUGGUGCUCACGAGAAGCGAACUAGACCCAGGCGUUCUUCCAAAGGCGGGUCGGCGUCUUACAACAGCAGGCCUGGCUUUGGAUCAUGGCUCAAGGCUACUUGGCUCGACAUUCUGACUAUGGCUCUCAUGGGUGCUGUUGGUCUUGGUGUUUACUUCGCUGACCCAGCUCCGAGCCGUAGCUUCCCCAUCAUCUUCCAAGAUGGAGAGAUUGUCUAUCCCCAGUUCGCUUACCCUAUGCGCAACGAAAUUGUCCCGAUCUGGGCUGCUGCUCUCAUGGCUUUCUUCAUCCCGUUCGCUGUGUUCCUGAUCGUUCAGAUCCGUGCUCGCAGCUUCUGGGAUAUCAACAACGCCACCAUCGGACUGCUCUACGCCUUGAUCACCGCGGCUGUCUUCCAAGUCUUCGUCAAGUGGCUCAUUGGCGGUCUGCGCCCUCACUUCCUCGCUGUUUGCAAGCCUGUCAUUCCUGCCAACAUUCUCUCUACCGUCGGCACCAAUGACAAUGGUGUCGAAGCUGGUAGCGCCUAUGGUAACGUCGCCAACGGAUAUCGCCAGAUCAUGUUCGACCGUAGCAUCUGCACGGGUGACAGGAAGGAGAUCAACGACAGUCUCGAGUCUAUGCCCUCUGGCCACACCACGGCUGCCUUUGCUGGAUUUGUCUACCUGUACCUAUACCUCAAUGCCAAGUUGAAGGUCUUCUCCAACCAUCACCCAGCUAUGUGGAAGCUCAUCGCUCUUUACGCACCUAUCCUUGGAGCCUGCUUGAUCGGCGGUGCCCUGACCAUUGACGAGUACCACAACUGGUACGACAUCCUUGCCGGAGCAGUCAUUGGCACUCUGAUGGCCUUUAGCGCCUACCGCAUGACUUACGCCUCGGUCUGGGACUUCCGCUUCAACCAUAUCCCGCUUAUGCGUCAUGCUCCCUUCGUCUAUGGAGCCGGCCCAAGCUCUUUCGAUGGAUUCCACGACACUGUCUUCACCCGCAAGGCUGGAUGGGGUACAAUUGAGGGAACAUCCUGGGGAGGUGCACCAUUCGAUGCUGCAGAUGGUCCUAGAGGUACCAUGAUGCCGCACCCCGAUGGCCCUGCUCAUGGCCACCACGGCAGCACCUCGAGCCGUGUGCAGAGGAAGCCUGUCGGUGCUGACAGACAUGGUGAGCAGAUGGUCUAA